ACGGAAGUGUUCUAACAACACAGGCGAGUUCCGCCCUCUCCUAAGCCAAUUGAUUUAAAUCAAGGCACAAUUACCCAUUAAACGGUUGUAAUGCACCGUGUUUUUCGGACUUUGUAGCGUAACGUGCAAUGCAAAUGUCGACACCAUGGUUAAGUAUGGUCGGACAACUGCGUGGGGCUUUUUGCUCUGGGGGGUUUUCAUGCAUUUCCAGCUCUUGUCAGGUCUCGGGCUGAAUGAACUGCUGUACUUCCGGGUUAUGAGUCCUGAAGAUAUUGGUUACGUCUUCAGUGCGGCCCCAGCUAAAGACUUUGGCGGGGCUUUUACCUCUUCAUAUAAUGAGAUCCUACUUGUGCUAGCUGAUCCAAUUGAUGGCUGUGAACCACUGAUGAACAAAGAUCUAAUUCAGGGACAGGUGAUCCUGCUUGAAAGAGGGGGGUGUUCCUUUGUCCACAAGGCCCAACAAGUCGAGGAGGCAGGAGGCAAAGCAGUGCUUAUCGCAGACAACGUAGUUGAGAACGACAACCUGUACCUGGACAUGGUCGCUGAUGGGAGUACUGCCAUGCCAAGCAUUCCAGCCUUGUUCCUGUUGGGGCGUGAUGGGCUUAUGAUUAGACGAUCUCUCCAGAGACAUGCGCUGCCUUGGGCUGUGAUCUCCAUUCCGGUGAAUGUCUCCUCUUUGGGCUCCUUCCCUCUUAACCAACCACCAUGGACACUGUGGUAGAGCAGACACACGCCGACAUGCCUAGCAGCCUGCUGGAACUAAUUACUGGAAACAUGUAAAUCACCUGGGGUUUCUUAGAAGUUCUCGUAAAAUGCACAAAAUGUGUUUAAUGCAUCUACAUAUUUGAUUGUUUGUUUUGUUGAAGUAAAAUGUACAUGUACACCGAACCUGGAUCUUCAUGCAUGAUCUUAAUCUAAGCUUUCAUUCAACAGAGCUUUUUUCGGUUUGGAAUGGUUUUAAUUUCCUGAGUUGUUGCCAACAUAUUCCUCUUUCCUUAUUUCUGCAAUUUUUACUCAGUUGGUCACUACUGAGUUUUGGUGUUAAAUGUCCACUAUAAUCUUUUCAUAGUCACAAAGACCUCCCUGUUUGGAUUCUAUAACUUUUGGCUUUUAAGGUUUUUUACUUCUUGAACAUUUGAAAAAAAUGUACAUAGGGUGACAGUUUGAAAAGCCAAGAAGGUAAUUAGAAAUAGUUAUGGCUUCACUCUCCGUGUAAUACGUUUUUUCUAUGAAACCACAAUUACAGUAAAAACAUUAAAUGUUUCUUUAUUUGCAUUUACUAUCAAGUAGGAAUAUGAAUCUUUCAGUAUCAUGAUUCACUUUGGGUCAUAACUCAAUACAAAAUAUAUUUCCAAUUUAAGAAGAGGUGCUAAUAUCCGUAACUGCUCCAGUCCGCUGUGUGCUCGGGGCAUUGGGGUCAUGUAUGGCAAUAAAGCAGCGGUAAGUAAAGUGUGAAUAUGAUUAUGUAAUUUUUAUAUUUGGAAGAGUUAUCAACUGAUUUCAAUAAUCUAAAUACACACAUAAAUAAUGCUAAAAUAAACAUGUCGUGAAUGACUACAAUCAUAGAAGAUAAGAAAAGUGAUUUUGUAAUUUUGUUUUUGCUUGCCAAUCCUAUCAAGAUAUGUCUGGCAUUGUAUUUAAGGCUUAGUCUAUUAAGGGACAAAGGCAUAUAUUCUAAUGUGGUUAAACAUUUUGACCUCAAUACCAAAUGCAAAAAAAAGAAUCGGGUAAGCAAGUAACUGAGGUUUGUCAGGUCAAUGAAAAGGUCUUCAUGGUUUUUCCUGCAAACAUGUUUUUUAAUAUUAAAGCAAUAACAUUUUCUGAAUUGUA